GCUCUACUUAAGUGGUGCAGUAGCCCUGAACCAAUCGCAUUUUUGUUUACACGCCAAAAAACAUUGUUUUUAUUUGUUGCUUGCGCAGGAAUUCUGUGUACGAUUAAUAAAAUCCAAAUUUUAAAAUGAAAUUGGAUAACUUUCGCCUGAUCGUCGAGGUGCAGAAGCGUCGUGCUUUAUGGGAUUCGACCAUGCACUUGGCUAUCCGCAAGGAUGCGUGCACGCUGCAAUGGCAAGAGGUUGCAGAUUUAAUGCAGAUAGACGUAAGUCUUUGCAAGAAGCGCUUCAAGGGAUUACGGGACAGUUAUCGCGCCGAGGUUCGCAAAAUACAGAAGCGACGUAUCGAUAACUCAAACUGGCCGUACUUUCGUGCAUUGGAGUUCCUGCGAAUCAUAUUUGAUCCGGAUAAACUGGUGCCCUUUAAACCGGAACCCUUCAGCAUGGACAUCAACUGUGCGGACAAUGAGCAAAGCAGGCUUGAUGAAUUUGUAAUAGAUGUGGACAAUGACGAUUCCUUUGACUUUGAGAUUAUGGGCGACAUUUUCAAGCGAGAUCCGACAGAGACCCAGUGUCACGACUCUGGCACGGGUAUGUCAUUAAUCACCCACACCAAAGAGAACUGCGACGCGUCUUCAUCUGAUUUGUUAAUGCCUCUAAAUCGAUCAGACGUUACAAUAUCCCCUAGAUUACUAUCGCCACUUCCCAUUGCUCCGAUAGCACCGAUACCACCGCCUGCGAAACGUACGCGACAUCGUAGGAUCUCAUCCAGAGAAGCUCCCUAUAUGAAUGGGCAUGCGACAGCGUCAUCAGAUUCCUCAAAAGAUGAUCCAGACCACAGUUUUCUAGUUAGCUUGCUGCCACAUAUGAAAACCCUGUCGAGUAUGAACAAUAUGAAAUUCCGCACGGAGGUCAGUCGAAUGUUGAUGGACCUUAACCAACAGGAACGAGAGUCGAACCAAGGCUAUCAUCCUGAGCUGGAGCCAACUAAGUAUAAUCUUUUGCACAGUUCCAUCAUAGAGUGUGAUGUUAAAAUAGAAAAUGAGCCAUUAAUUUAAGGAUAGAUCAUGAAUUUACAUGUAUAUAAGUAGACAUUACACAUAAUUGGCUGAAUCCAAAAUUAUUUACAUUUAUAAAAACCUAUUAUAAAAACCCGCAUUUACAAAGAAUCGCUCUCAUAUUAAUUGUUUGAAAUAUAAAAUUAAACUUUUGUUGCUAUUGCAUUGAAUGACAUUCGAAUAGUUCUAAGAGUUAAGAUUGUUUUUAGUCUUUAUGUACUUUAUAUAUGUUUAAAAUAUAAAAGUAUGCCAUGAAAAAGAA